CUUUGAAAUUGCUCGUGGCUCCGAAUCCUCCAUCCUUUGGGAAUACAAAUCUUGCUAACCAUGUCGGCAGCCACGUGGAAAUGGACUUGCCUGAUUUCCCACCUCCUCCUGUCCACCAUGACGUGGUCUUUUGCUAGGCAACAGCCGCCUCUCCCAAAGAGACCCUUCAUCACCUUUACAGGUGAGCAGGCAGAGGGGACUUUUAACCACUUGGUGGUGGAUGAAAAAACUGGACAUAUUUACUUGGGAGCCGUCAACAGGAUCUACAAACUCUCCAGUGACCUGAAGGUCUUGGUGACGCACCAGACCGGUCCGGAUGACGAUAACCCCAAGUGUUAUCCCCCUAGGAUAGUCCAAACCUGCAAUGAGCCCUUGACUCCCACCAACAACAUCAACAAGAUGCUCCUCAUAGACUAUAAGGAGAACAGGUUGAUAGCCUGCGGAAGCCUUUACCAGGGGAUCUGCAAGCUCUUGAGGCUGGAUGACCUUUUCAAGUUGGGAGAGCCCUUCCACAAGAAGGAGCAUUACCUCUCUGGGGUGAACGAGAGCGGCUCUGUUUUCGGAGUCAUUGUUUCUUACAGCAACAUGGACGACAAGCUGUUCAUCGCCACCGCCGUGGAUGGCAAGCCAGAGUACUUCCCCACCAUCUCCAGCCGGAAGCUAACCAAGAACUCUGAGGCCGACGGGAUGUUUGCCUACGUCUUUCACGACGAGUUUGUGGCCUCCAUGAUCAAGAUCCCCUCGGACACGUUCACCAUCAUCCCUGACUUUGACAUCUACUAUAUCUACGGCUUCAGCAGCGGCAACUUCGUCUACUUCCUGACCCUGCAGCCAGAGAUGAUCUCCCCGCCAGGCUCCACCACCAAGGAGCAGGUCUACACCUCCAAGCUGGUCCGGCUUUGCAAGGAGGACACAGCCUUUAAUUCCUACGUCGAGGUGCCCAUCGGCUGCGAAAAGAAUGGGGUGGAGUACCGGCUGCUCCAGGCAGCCUACUUGUCCAAGGCGGGAACCAUCUUGGCCAGGUCCUUGGGUGUCAGCAAAGAUGCUGAUAUCCUCUUCACGGUCUUCACCAAGGGGCAGAAGAGGAAAAUGAAGUCGCUGGAUGAGUCUGCUCUCUGCAUCUUUGUCCUGAAAAAGAUCAACGACCGCAUCAAGGAGAGGCUGCAGUCCUGCUACAGGGGAGAGGGGACGUUAGAUCUGGCGUGGCUCAAAGUCAAGGACAUUCCCUGUAGCAGCGCGCUGUUAACGAUCGACGACAAUUUCUGCGGCCUGGAUAUGAACGCUCCGCUGGGAGUAUCGGAGAUGGUGCGGGGGCUUCCCAUCUUCACCGAGGACAGGGACAGGAUGACGUCGGUGAUCGCGUACGUCUACAAGAACCACUCACUGGCUUUCGUGGGCACCAAGAAUGGCAAAUUGAAAAAGCAUGGAUUAAACGCUCAGCUCUUCUCCGGAGUGGCAGUAGAGGGCUAA